AUGGAGGCCUCGGCGGGCGGCGGCGGCGGCGGUGCCGGGCCCGGGCGCCGCUGGUACUUCAGCCGCGAGCAGCUGGAGCGCAGCCCCUCCCGCCGCGCCGGGCUCGACCCGGACAAGGAGCUCUCGUACCGCCAGCAGGCGGCCAACCUGCUGCAGGACAUGGGGCAGCGCCUCAACGUCUCCCAGCUCACCAUCAACACGGCUAUCGUGUACAUGCACCGCUUCUACAUGGUGCAGUCCUUCACCCAGUUCCACAGGAAUUCCGUGGUGCCGGCGGCGCUUUUCCUCGCAGCCAAGGUGGAGGAGCAGCCCCGGAAGCUGGAGCACGUCAUCAAGGUGGCACAUGCUUGUCUGCACCCCCAGGAGCCUCUGCUGGACACCAAGAGCGAGGCUUACCUGCAACAAGCCCAAGACCUGGUCAUUCUAGAGAGCAUAAUACUGCAGACCCUGGGGUUUGAGAUCACUAUCGACCAUCCCCACACCCACGUGGUGAAGUGCACCCAGCUCGUGCGAGCCAGCAAGGACUUGGCACAAACUUCCUAUUUCAUGGCUACAAACAGCCUGCACCUGACCACCUUCAGCCUGCAGUACACCCCGCCCGUUGUGGCCUGCGUCUGUAUCCACCUGGCCUGUAAGUGGUCCAACUGGGAGAUCCCAGUCUCCACGGACGGGAAGCACUGGUGGGAAUACGUUGAUGGCACUGUAACUCUGGAGCUCUUAGAUGAACUGACCCAUGAAUUCCUGCAGAUCCUUGAGAAAACUCCCAGUCGGCUUAAACGGAUCCGGAACUGGCGGGCCUCUCAGGCAGCCAGAAAGUCCAAGACCGACGACCACGGCGACGACGAGAACCUGUCGGAGCAGACCAUCCUCAACAUGAUCUCCAGGAACAACAGCUCGGACAUGAACAUCGCCGGGCUCAUGAGCAUGUCCACGUCCUCCACGGCCGGCGCGGGGCCGGCGCUGCCGCCCGCGGCCGAUUCCCCCGGCGAGCCGAGCGCCGCCGACCCUUCCCAGGCGGAUCAUUGGCAUCCCCCGGCCAAGCUGGACAUCCACAGGACUAGCGAGAGCUCCUCGGCCGCCGCCGAGCACCCCCAGCAGGACGGUGCCGCCUACCCAAAGCAGGGCACCAAGAACGCGCCGUCGGCCAAGGUGUCCCUCAAGGAGUACCGGGCCAAACACGCCGAGGAGUUGGCGGCGCAGAAGCGGCAGCUGGAGAACAUGGAGGCCAACGUGCGCUCCCAGUACGCCUACGCCGCCCAGAACCUGCUGGUGCAGCAGCAGCGGGAGAGGGAAGGGCAGCAGGACAGCAACCCCUCCCCGAUCAUCCUGAAAAUCCCCAUCGCGGGCUCGGACAACCCCGAGCGCCCGCCCGGCGCCGACAAGGGCGACAAAGCCCUCAAGAUGAGGAUCCAGGCGGCGGGGGCGGGCGGGGAGAGGCCCAUCCCCUCCAAGCAGGAGGAGAUCAAGAUGCGGAUCAAGGUGCCGGGCCCCGGAGACAGGCACGGCUCCGCGGACGAGGGCGGGAAGAGCCGGGAGUACAAGGAGAAGCACAAGGGCCACUCGUCCAACCACCACCACCACCACCACAACCACCACUCGCACAAACACUUGCACGCCCAGCUCGGCGCCGGCCCCAGCACCGCGGCCAAGCGCCCGGGGGACUCCAAGCACGGCGCCCAGCCCGGCGCCGCCGCCCCCCACAAGGGCUACGGGCCCCUCGCCCCCACCCGCAAGAGACCCCUGCCCGAGGAGCCCUCGGCCGCGCCCCACGAGCACCAGCCCAAGGCGGGCAAAGCCUCCAAAGGCCCCGCGGUGCCGUUCCCGUACUCCCACCUCCCCGGGGCUUCCCACCUGCCCGGGCACAGCUCGGAUUUAUCCCAGCCCGGCGGCAAAGCCCAGCGGGGCGCCCACAAAUCGGACAAGGGGCCCUCGGGGGCCAACGGGCACAACGCCAGCCAGGCCAGUGACUAUCAGGACACGGUGAACAUGCUGCACUCGCUGCUGAGCGCGCAGGGCAUGCAGCCCACCCAGCCCCCCGCCUUCGAAUUCCACUCGUACGAGCUCCUGAACCCCCGGGCUUCCAGCGGCUCCCGAGCUGCCGCCAACACGGACAAGCCCCGACCGCCCCCCCUGCCCUCGGAACCGCCCCCCCCGCUGCCCCCCCUCCCCAAGUAAACCCCCCCCUCCCCUUUUUACUACUGAGUCCGGAGCCCGAGCCCGAACCCGCGGGGCUUGAGAAAGGGCUUUUUGAUCUCCACUGCCUCACGAAGAACUUAUUUUAUUAUAAUAUAA